AUGAGAGAUCUAAUAUUUCAAAAGCUCAAUCAAUUGAAUCUAAUGACUAUUUUGAAUAUCAACAAAAUUGCUCAACUUCUAAAGAAUAUUCAUCUCAAAAUAAUUUUCAACAAAAUGAAUAUCAAGGAAAUUUACAAAAUAAAUUUUAA